AUGAGUGCAUAAAACCGGUCAGCACAGACAAGAAGAACAACAGAGACAGAACAACUUCUGGGAACUUAACCAGACUCACUAGAACAACUUCUAAUCAACUGACCGUAACAGAACAGAAAAAGAUGGAAUCCGAGAUGAAAUCCAACGUGAGCGAGAUGUGGAGCCCCAAGAUGCCCAAGGGACUGGAACUGGAGAUUACCCAUCAUCCAAUGACAAUGAAGCGUGUGGUCAACCUCAUCAUUGCCAUGGAGAGGCUGAAGGACAGCAGGUCAGAGUCACUGCUGAGCACUGAGUUCAGAGACGAAAGCCUGCUCAACAUCAUGCUGGACAGCAUAGUGGAAGAGCAAAUAGUGUUUAAGUGCUGCUCAGCUCCACCGCUUCAGUAUAGCAGGAUGGCCGAGCACCAGUGCAGUGUGACCGACAGUGAGAAGAGGAGCUUGGUUCUGGUCCCAAACAGCAUGGAGCUCCACGCAGUGUUGCUGCAAGGAGGCACUGACAACUGCAAAGUUCACCUGAACAUGUCGACCUACGUGCACCCUGCACGCAGAGUUGACGCCAGUGGUCGAACAGUGGUUCUGGGCAUCAAGGACACAAACCUCUACCUGUCUUGCCACAAGGAAGGUGAUGAGCCAACCUUGCAUCUGGAGACGGUGGAGGACAAAGAAAGUCUGAAGAAGAUCAGCUCAGACAGCGACAUGGUGCGUUUCCUCUUCUACAAACACGACACCGGGCUGAACGUCAGCACCCUCGUGUCUGUCCCCUACAGCGACUGGUACAUCAGCACAGCAGAAGAUGACAACAAGCCGGUGGAGAUGUGCCUGGAGAACGCCAGACGCCACAGAACCUUCAACAUCCAGCGUCAGAGUUAAAACCUGCCAAAGAUACCCAAAGCAGAAUGUGGAUGUGCCCCUGGAGGUCAAGUUUGACCCUCUGAAGAUUGGUAUUGAUCAGAGUGUGAAAUAUAUUGCACUUCAGAUUUUUUUUAUUCAAAAAAAUCAACAACAAAGGUAUCAUUUUUUAAGCACUGUUUGCUAUAAUGACUUCUGCAAGUUUUACAGAGUGACUAUUUACUGUAUGUGCCAAGUACAGAAAGUAAAUACUUAAUGUAUUGACAUAGUCAAGUGCCACCACAAGAUGGCACCAUUGUGCUGUCUGGUGAGCACCUAUGUAUUUAUUGUGCUGAAUGACAUGACACUGUUAAUGAUUUUAUCUAAUAAUUUAUUUAUCUAUUUAUGCACCAUCUUAACACACACACACACACACACACACACAUAUAUAUAUAUUUAUUUGGAAAUCUGCUUACUAACAAUUAUUUAAAUGAUGUGCUGUGAAUCUUCAAUAAAGCCUUUCUAA